UUAAAAAACUAUCGCAGUUCAGUGUGAAAAUAUUUUUCAAAUACAGAAUAUAAGGUAGGGCUGACCUUUAUGCAAUGGAUAUCGAAAUAAAAGAUGAACCGGUCAUCAUUGAAGGCUACGAGCUGAUAGAUACCGCAGACAGCUACAAUCUCAGCAAUGAAGCAUGUUCUUCCAAAGAUAGCCAACAAAGUUUCGAGAACGAUGAGAUGUUGAUCCUUCUUCGACAGUGGGGGCUGGAGAUCCUUUCGGAAAGAUUUACGAAAAACUUGAUAGAUGUCAGUCUUCUAGAUUACAUUCUAGAGGUGGAUAUUAUGGAGCUGUGUAAGGAUCUUCCCAUGCGUUAUCGGCUUAUUUUAAGGCACAAGUUGGAGCAUAAGUAUUACAAAAAUCAGCAACAUAAAAAUAAGAAUGACGAUGGAAGCGGUAAAUCAGUGAAUAAGGCACGGCCUGGUAAGAGAUCGUCAUGUAAUGUUCAAGGCGGGGAAAAUGUAGAUCUAAUUGAUACAACGACAACGUCACGUUCUCGCUUAGAUACAACCGAUUCAAUGGUAAACUAUAAUAGUGCGGUGAAACUACCAGUACCGCGUUUUUUCUACGGCUCUAAACGAGAGAGUUUACUGGAGAUUUGUGAAGUACACGAAACGGGUAGGAAGUUUUUAGAACAAUACAAGAAGGAAAAUGGCAAGCGAAUUUAUCCUGCGGAAUCUCGCAAGUAUAUUAAAAAUGCUGUCGUUGAUUACUUCUAUCGCUGCGGUAAUGGACAUAUUGUGUCUCAAACGUUUCCGAGAAUGGUUCAGAUUAUUCUGGACGAGCUACCGGAUGAGGAUCCUGGCAUUUGGUAUAUACCUAAGGAUAACAAUCAUGCUGCAGCUGGUUUACUCUACACUCGUUACAAGUAUCUGUUACAGAAAGACUAUAAUUCUCGUUCACAAAAAAACUCAAACACGGUAGUUGCUCCUGCGGCUACCGAAGUGCCGGCGGAACAGACCUGGCUUGAUCUACCGGAAAAUGAGCAACUCAAGUGUUCCGCUGCCAAGCGGAAGCUGCAAAAUGUUUCUAAUAUCGAUAAAAUUGAAGUGCAUGCAGCGUGGAGAGAUUCGUUCCCGCUGCGACGAUACGAGGUUGUAAGUAAGAAAUUACGUCUCGAGGAAUGGAGCGUACUGGCUAGCUUAGAAGAGAAUAAUGCAUUGAUAAAUUACGACUUCUGCACGUUACAUUCAGCCGAGCACGACACUUUUCGGGAAAAGGUGCCCCAAUUUGUUACACUUUUUAAGGAUGUUUCUCAAGGUUAUAAGGCGCAAAUUGAGGACGACAGGCAGCUGUAUCAUGUGCUUACAUCGCUGAAUUUCCAGGAAGGCAGCGAAGAUUCUGACAAAGCAAACUUCCUCACGUUUUAUUCCUUGCCGUUGAUUUUGCGCCAAAACUUUAUUGGAAAAGGCAGGAAAAGAAUUAAGCCUUCGCUGAAAUCGUGCCGGACUUCGUUCAUUGUCUUGAUAGAGAAGGAGCAGGAUCUGCCUGAGGCAAUCGCGCAACGUAAACAAAUGGUCGACUGGGAACAUGAAGGUAACCCCAACGGGCCAUCAACUCCACAGCCGUUUAUUAUUGCCAUUGGUGAUGCGAAAACCUACGACAUCAGCAAGUAUUUUGUCAUUUGGGAGAGUAUCGUUUUCAAAUGCAAAACUGUGGUGGAAGCGCUGGAUCUUAUGUUUAAAUUGCACGCUGUUUUCGAAUUGGAUUACUCACAGAUGUGUCAAACUGUGAUGAAAUUCAUUCAAAAGUAUUUCUACGAUCUGGCCACGGACACCAAGCGGUUGGAUGCUAAGGCAGCAGCCUUGAUUACGGACUUGAAUCGAAGCGCAAAUUGAAUGAACGAGUUUUAGGUAUGUCUGACUAUUUGAGCUAUUUAUAUUUAAAACCUCGGAGGAAUUCUAGAGGUCUGUUCCGUUCCAUCAUUAUACUAUUUAGUAUAUGAUAACUAACGGGCGUGGAGUACGAAAAUAUGUUCAACCCCAAAUUAUUUUAUACACGUGAUGCAAAAGUAUCAAUCGGUAGUAAAUACAUACUACUCGAAAUCUGCGGUUAAGUGAACGUAUUUGUGAAAAUUCCAUUUUAUCAAUGCAUUUUUUGGAUUCAAUGCAAAAAUAUACACUAUCUGAAGUGUAUUGACUGUUUGUAAAAAGAAAUUUUAGUUAAAUAUAAAACACUACUAUAGACUAUAAAACGCUGUGAGCACGU